CAACAAGCAGAACAGAAUCAUAACAGAGUAAUAAAAUGCAAAGUAAAAUAUAAUAAAAUAAAAAAGAAAAAGACCCAAUUGCGCAAACUGCGAUUUGGGUUUUUCAUUUCCCGAGAUUCUCGAUUUCCAAAACCCAAUUUGGCUUCUUUCUUUUUUUUUUUUCCCUAUAAUAUAAAAGCCCUAAUAAUCUGCUUCACGUUUCACUCCUUCGAACUCGCAUUGUACUUCUCUUUCUUUCUCUCUUUGCGUUCGCUCGGUCAUCAUCUCAAAUUCAAAAAUGGUGGCCGAUCAGAAGGCGAAAUCCGACAUCUCUUUCGCCGGAACUUUCGCGAGCAGCGCUUUCGCGGCUUGUUUUGCGGAGAUUUGUACUAUUCCUUUGGACACUGCUAAAGUUAGGCUUCAGCUCCAAAAAAAAGCUGCUGCCGGUGAUGGAGUGGCCUUACCGAAAUACAGGGGCUUGUUGGGCACAGUUGGUACCAUUGCCAGAGAAGAAGGUCUAACAGCACUAUGGAAAGGAAUCGUACCAGGAUUACAUCGUCAGUGCCUGUUUGGAGGCUUACGAAUUGGAUUAUAUGAGCCUGUUAGGAAUUUAUAUGUAGGAAGUGACCAUGUCGGAGAUGUUCCUUUAUCCAAAAAAAUACUUGCUGGAUUAACUACUGGUGCUCUAGCGAUUACAAUUGCCAAUCCAACUGAUCUUGUAAAAGUCAGACUUCAAUCUGAAGGAAAGCUCCCUCCGGGGGUGCCACGACGCUAUUCUGGUGCAUUGAAUGCUUAUUCAACUAUCGCUCGACAGGAAGGAGUUGGGGCACUUUGGACUGGGCUUGGACCCAACGUAGCGAGAAACGCUAUUAUUAAUGCUGCUGAGCUAGCUAGCUAUGAUCAAGUGAAGCAGACAAUUUUGAAAAUUCCAGGGUUUACAGAUAAUGUUGUCACUCAUAUUCUUGCUGGUCUGGGGGCAGGUUUUUUUGCUGUCUGUAUUGGGUCGCCAGUUGAUGUGGUCAAGUCAAGAAUGAUGGGUGAUUCUACUUAUAAAAGUACACUUGAUUGUUUCGUCAAAACUCUGAAGAAUGACGGACCUUUAGCGUUUUACAAGGGUUUCAUACCUAAUUUUGGACGGCUGGGAUCAUGGAAUGUGAUUAUGUUUCUAACGCUAGAGCAGGCUAAGAAAUUCGUAAAAAGUAUAGAGUCAUCUUGAGCUCUGAGGAGAUAAUCUGUGCCUACAAUUUGGAUUUGCCAAGGGUUAACACCUACAUCAAAGUGGAACUUUCUUUUUAAAGGAAUAAUAAAGCCUUUGACUUCCUCUCGUUUUGCAAAGAGAGGAUUAAAAGUGAUAAUUAUUGAAAUCAUAAGCUCAAAAAUAAUUGUCAUUUCAUUCGUGGGGAUCAUAAUGUUUUAGUUGUCAAGACUUUGAUGGGUUGUAGAAUCCAAAAUUUUUCUUGAAGUUCUCUAAUUGUUGUCUUUUCAGGGAAACUGUUAAUUAUUGAGCUCAUUUGCUCAAAAUAAGUGUAAUUAAUUUUGGGAAAUAUGGGGAUUUCCCUGUCAAGACUUUGAUAAAUUGUGGAAGCCAAAUUUGUUUUAAGUUUCUCUAAUUGUUGUGUCCCUUGCUGAUAUUUUUACCAGCCUUGACACGACAAUCACUCUCUAUGAUUGAUGUCCAAAUAAACCAAGGUUUGUUUGUUUAUGAGACUUUUUGCCCUUUAGGAAACAAUUUUCCAACAUUACAAUUUAGACAGGAAAACUAAGGUAAAGGAAACAGGAAAAAAUAUAAAUUAGAAAAAAAAAAAAGGACGAAUGAGGUGUAAACUGU